AUGGGGAGGCAGGGGCCAGUCAUCGGCAGGACGUCCCAGGCUCAGCAAGGUGGAGCCGGGCUGCGAAUCCUGUGUCUGGUGCUCUGCGGCCCGCUGACCCCUGCACGAGGGGACCCUGGGGCUCUGCUGCGGUUGGGCAUGGACGUCAUGAAUCGUGAGGUCCAGAAUGCCAUGGAUGAGACCCAUAUCUUGGAGAAGACGGCAGCUGAGGCAGGCAAAAAACUCCCAGGCGUGAAACCCAUCAAAGGCAUCACUGAUCUGAAGGUAAAGGAUGUGCAGAUACCAGUCAUCACACUGAACUUCCUACCUGGGGUGGGCAUCUUCCAGUGUGUGUCCACGGGCAUGACCAUCACUGGAAAGAGAUGAGUAUGCUUCAUGGGUGGGAACAUGGAUAUCAUCGUGGUCCUGAACAUCACAGCCACCAACCGGCUUCUGCAGGAUGAGGAGACGGGCCUCCCCCUGUUCAAGAGCGAGGGCUGUGAGGUCAUCCUUGUCAGCGCGAAGACGAACCUGCCUAGCAACAUGCUGCCCAAGGUGGUCAACAAGUUCCUGGACAGCACCUUACCCAAAGUUCUUCCUGGCCUGAUGUGUCCAGCCAUUGAUGCGGUCCUGGUGUAUGUGAACAAGAAGUGGGCCAACCUGAAUGGUGACCCCUUGCCCGUGGGCCAGAUGGGCACCGUCAGAUAUGUCCUGGCGUCCAUACCGACCACCACAGCCAGCUACAUUCAAAUGGACUUCAGUCCUGUGGUGCAGCAGCAAAAGGGCAACACCAUCCAGCUUGCUGAUGCCGGGGAGGCCGAGUUCCCUGAGGACUAUGCCGAAGGCUCCUCACAGCUGCUGCUCUCAGCCACCUUCCUCACAGCAGAGCUUGCUCUUCUGCAGAAGUCCUUUGAUGUGAAUGUCCAGGAAAUGACGAUUGGCGAGCUGCCCCCACAAACCACUGAGACACUGGCUGGCUUCAUCCCUGAAAUGGCCAAGGCCUAUCCCAAGCCGAAACCCCUGGUGACCCAGAUCAGGAUAAACAAGCCCCCCAAGGUCACUAUGAAGACAGGCAAGAGCCUGCUGCACCUCCAUGGCACCCUGGAGACGUUUGCUCCUCUGCUGCGGGGCAAGGCUCCUGUAUCCCUCUUUCUCCUGGAAAUUCACUUCAACCUGAAAAUCCAGUACUCAGUUGGUGAGGACCGGCUGCAGAUGGCCACCUCUCUGGACAGAUUACUGAGCCUGUCCCGGUCCUCAUUGAUUGGCGCCUUCAACGAGAAGGCACUGACUGGCUUCAUCACUGAUUUUCUCCAAGAAGCCUACAUCCCAGCCAUCAAUGAUGUGCUCCAAGCUGGGCUCCCACUUCCAGACUUCCUGGACACGAAUUACAACCUGGCAGAGCUGGACAUAGCAGAGAAUGCCCUGCUGCUGGACUUGAAGCUGGACUGA